CGGCCGGCGCGGCGGCCCGGCGCGGCGGCGCGGCGGGCGGCCGGGCGGGUGCGGCGCCGGCGACGCCUCAGUGCCAGGUGAGGUGUCGCGCCGACAGGGGCCGUCUGAGGAGAGCAGUGUGCCCGAGCCGUGACAUUGACCUCUUGGUGGUGAUCGACACGGGACUGGGUCACCCAGAGAUUACCGGCACGAGGUGACGAUGGGUCGCCGUCGGGCGGGCGGCGGCGGCGACUCUCUGCCGCAGACCGUCCGCAGAAACAACGCCAAGAACGAGCGCAAGACGAUGGAGGCGAUGGCCGACACGCUCUGGGCCUCGGUGGAGUCGGGCAAGGAGCGCAGGCUCCGGCUGGCCGCGGAGAGGAUGGGCAGGAUGCUCGCGGGGCAGGAGACGACCCUGGCUCCACAGGAGCAGCAGGAGCCGGCCCCGACACAGUCUGACGCAGCCAGCCCAGUAGUUUCAGAGCAGCGGAGUGAAGCUGAAGAAGUGACUCAGCAGGAAAAGGAGGAUGACAAUGUUACGGAACAGGAAAAAGCGGCGGGGGCCUCAGAGCCUUCAGAAGUAGAUUCUGAUAUGGUGCCAGUUCAUGUAGUACCAGAGGCUGUUCCACAAACACCAACUGAACAAGCUGCCAAUGAAGUGACUGAACAGAGGGCAUCCGAAGUUGCGGAAUCGGUCUCUGCAAUGCCUGGCGCUGUAACUUUUCAGGAUGAGGCAAACGAUGCAGCAACGCCACAUGACGCAUAUAAAGUGCAGCAGGAGGUACAGGAGGUUCUGCAAACUGCAGAAAAGGCCACUGAAGUCGAGGAAAUACAAGAAGCCGCGCUUCCGGACGGCGUGGCGCUCGCCGAGGCAGCUGUCCCAACCGAGCAGGCCGAGGUUCCCGACCAAGCUGACGACGUGUGUAUGUCCACAUGGGAGGUGGUCGACGCUCCAAACCUAGAUCGAGAAACAGUUGAAUCCAUACCACUGGAGCCUGACGAAGCUGUGGAAAUUCCCCAAAAUCAAGAAGCAAAUAUACCAAGUGCUCAAGUUGACACAGUUUCACCUUCGGAUCAAGACAUUUUGAAAAAUGAGCCAAGCAAGACAAAGUCGGCGGAACUGGCUACUAUGAGCCAGGAGCAACACCAAGAAAGCUCUAUCGACGAAAAUGUAGAUAAUCCUCAAGACGCAAGGAACCCUCUGAUGAUGGAAGGGUCGAGCGAUGGUUUAGCUUCAACCGAAUGUGCACCUGAUGCUGCUACUGAAGAGGUAUGCGAAGCUGUUCCCGUCAGUGAGGAGAUUUCCGAGGAACCAGUAGCUGACAUUGCUGAGAGUUGUGUCUCUGAAAAGGAGAAGGAAGCUGACCUACCAUCCACCUCGCAGAGUGACAUGCUGGCCGGGACAGUUACCUCACCGGAGUCACCGAAGGCGGAACAACCAGCUGAUGAACUUGGAGAUGGAGUAACCGAUGCAAAGAAGGACAAGAAGAAAAAGAAGAAGGGGAAACACGCAGUUGAAGCAUCGUUACAAACAACAGUUCAAGAACCGGAGGACAAGCCCAGCACAGCCGGUGAGCACGAACCGAGUGCUAAGAGCGGCAAGAAACAUAAGCGGCAUAGGGACAAGCGAAAGAAGUCCCAAAGCGAAACUGAAAAAGAGAUUACCGUGCAGGAAAAUGUGAACAAGGUAGACGCUUGUUCUGAUGUAACAGCCCAACCGGUCACAGAUCCUUCAAAUUAUUCAGAAGUCACAAAGACUGAUGAAGACGGCAAGAAUGACGAAGUGACAGAACCCACUAUCCAGGAACCUGUCGAGGAUCAGUGGACAACGGUGGAAACGAAGAAAACGAAAAGAAGAAGGAAGAAGAGUGAGAGGAAAAGUGAGUCAGAGGACAAGGAACAAGCUGUUAAUAAACAAGGAAGUGAACUGGCAAAAGAAGUAGAAGCCGAAUCGAAUACUGUCAUUGAAGACUCUCACGUUCAUGAAGCAACAGAGACAACGGAUGGCAUAUCCCAAUUUGAAGUAAACAAAAAACCACAAGAAACUGCGAAGGAUUCAUUGAACGAAUUUGAACGCCUGCUUUCAUCUGUGGGGGCUCUCAAAGAGAAGUUCAGGCAGGCUUCAGAGGCUGAAACAGAAAAGCCAGCAAUCAGCGCGGACAAGUCAAUACAAGAUGAACAAGAAACAACCACAGGAUUUUCGUCAGUGGGACAGCCUGAAAUAGCACAUUUGUCGCAAGCAAAGGAGCUGUCUGAGGAUCCCAGCAACGAUAGACAAUGCUCUCCGGCAAACGAAUCGACAGUAACAGCUACACAAGCUACAGCAGAUGAAAUUAAACAAGUAGAAUGUUCUCAUCUGGCCGAGAAGCUCAAAGAAAGUGUUGCCGAGUCGCCAGACGUCUUUGAUCUGAUGCGCUCAACUGAUGAAGGUCUAGAAGCUGGCUUCAAUGAAGCCUUUGGUUCGGAAGACCAGGCCCGAGAAGAGCUUGAAGAAGUCAGGCCCGACGAGCAAGAACAGACUAUCCGGCCUGCAGAAACCAGCCAGACUCCCGUUUUGGAGAAGCCGAGUGACGCGGCAGACCUAAGUACCAAAGACGUACCAGAUGCGUUUGAUUUGUUGGUGUCUACUGGUGAGGACUUGGAAUCAGGCUUUAAAGAUGCUUUUGGCGAUGAAGAUCUGAAAGAAAGUGAUGCGAAAAGCAGUGACACUGAAAACAAGACGAAAGAAGACACAAGCGCAGAAAACACCAUCACCAGAACGGCCAAAGUGGGCGGGCUUGAAAAAGGACAUGAGCUUGAGCAGGAAGCAAAAACCGUGAGCUCGAUCGAGCUUCGAGAAACUAUCGAGCUCAUCGAUGCUUCCACCACGAAAGGCGAUGUUAAACAAGAUGCAUUCGACCUUCUGCUCUCGACGGAUGAUGACCUCGAAGAGGGUUUCAAAGAUUCAUUUGCUUCGGAAGAUGUUUCAAGUGAACAACAGCAACAGGCAAAUGGGCUCAGCCAAACACCAGUAGCAUUACCGGAAAGCAAAGCAGAUGCGCAAGAACCAGAAGACGCCCUUCAAAGCAUAAAACAGGAGACGCGCGAUGCACCUGAUGCUUUUGAUGUACUUAUGUCAGCGGGUGAUGAUCUUCAGGCUGGAUUCAUGGACGCAUUCGGCGAGGAAGAUGCAUUCGAAGGCAGUCUAGACAAAGAAACAAUGGAACAAGUCGAGACGCCUGUGGAAUCUCCUCCAGCAAAUAGUUCGGUAAAGGUGGACGUGUGUGGUUCGUCGCUGGAGGCAGAGGAAGAGUCAAAAAUGGAAGAUGAUGUGGUCUUGAAAGCCAAAAGUACCAGCGAGACACCCGUUUUGGAGAAGCCGAGUGACGCGGCAAACCUAAGUACCAAAGACGCACCAGAUGUGUUUGAUUUGUUGGUGUCUACUGGUGAGGACUUGGAAUCAGGCUUUAAAGAUUCUUUCGGCGAUGAAGAUCUGAAAGAAAGUGAUGCGAAAAGCAGUGACACUGAAAACAAGACGAAAGAAGACACAAGCGCAGAAAACACCAUCACCAGAACAGCCAAAAAAGGCGCGAACAGCCUGGAGACAGAGGAAGAGUCAAAGACGGAAGAUGAUGUCUUGAAAGCCCAAGGUACAGCUGACGCCUUUGACAUUCUAUUGUCUACAAAUGGUGAUCUCCAAGAAGGAUUCAGAAAGUCCUUCAGUUUAGAUGAAGAGACUACUACGGAAAUGCAAAUAACGGAAACGGCAAGUACAACAGAUAUUGUAAUUCCAGAUCCAGCGAAAUCUGACAAAGAACACCCGAACGACGAUAAUAUCGCAGCCAUCUCAAAGGAUAACACCGAAAGUCAGUGGACUGAAGCUGCCAAAAUUCAUGCAGGAAACCUACCAGAGGCAGCAAUGGAAACAGUAGCACCAAUGGAAUCAAGCUCAGCUGGACAAGUUUCCAGUAUCCCAUCAACAGUGACUGAAUGGUUCGACAAGACCAGUCAUGACGCAGCUGAAGCAAAAUAUCACGAACAGAUGGCAUCAAAGCACGCAGGCAGUGAUGACCAAGAAGAUGGCAUGGUGCAGGAAGAAAUGAGGGUACAAAGUGAUCAAAAAUCUAUGGAAACGAUGGAAACAGUACCACCGGUGGAAUCAAGUUCUGCUGGAGAAGUUCCCAGUAUUCCAUCAACAGUAACUGAAUGGUUCGACAAGACUAGUCAUGACGCAGCUGAGGCAAAAUAUUACGAACAGAUGGCAUCAAAGCACGCAGGCAGUGAUGGCCAAGAAGAUGGCAUGGCGACGGAAGAAGUGAGGGCAGAAAGUGAGCACAAGCCGAUGGAAACGCCCUCCGAGCCAAAGGAGCCAAGCGCAGACGUGGUGGUCGCUCCAGGAUUAUCUCAUCAGUCAGUCGCACCCACUGAGAGCACUUGGUACGAUAAGAUGCUUCAUGACAGUGCCGAAACAGAUUAUUACGAAAGGCUAUCAAGAUGUAAAAUAACGAACCAAGGAGACUUGGGAGAACGGGUUCCAUCAACUAAUGAAGUAACUGCAUCGACAACCUUGCCUGUAACUAUCGACGAUGACAGUUCAGCCACUGAAACAAAAACUGAAGCCAUGACGAGCUCAAAUAAAGGUGAAGAUUCAGCUGGUGAAUUGCUUCCAAAACAGAACGUUCAAUUUGACGAAAAUACCUGGUAUGACAAAGUUAUGCACGAUGAAGCUGAAGCUAAUCACUUUGCACGACUGGCACAAACUCAGCAGGCAGAAUCGAACGCUCAUGAUGCGCAAGCGUCAUCUGCGAAAAAGGCGACCACUGAAGCUGCUCAACCUGUUCUCUCUAGUGAGCAGACCUGGUUUGACAAGCCGUUCCACGACUCCGCCGAAACCGUCCACCAUGCACGGCAAUCAAGCAAUGAAAGCGAUAGCAGCAACAAGAGUUACCCUCUGUACGAGGGUAAAUGUGACCACUUCAAUCCAGACGACCACCAGGCACCCGAAGAGAGCGCUGAACCCAGUGGUGAAGCAGAGGCUUGCAACAGAUGGACGGAGAGUAAACUCUACCAAGGCGCUGACGCGCCGAGCAUCUCCACCGAGCCGGUUCCAGAGCCGACUCCCAUCACGGCUCAGAUCACGGUGAACACGGAGGGCUCGACGGUCAGUGGCGAGCAGCCGCUCUCGCCGACCUCGGACGGCAGCCGGUCGCGGCGCAGCACGUUCAACUCGGCCGUGUCGCCGCUGUCGCCGCAGACUGAGCUGGACGACUACUUCGAGGACGUGGUGCUGGCCGGUCGGCAGAGUGACGUGACCAUGGCUGCGCUGCGCGGCUUCACUGCCUCUCCGCUCAGCGAAGGCCUUGCGCCCGGAGAGCAGCUCGACAGCCUGCGCACCGAGCCCGACUUGGAGCUCAGCGAGCCGGGAACCGCCGACACGCUGGACGACGGACCCUUCUCCUACCAGGACAUCGGAGACGAGGGCACAGUGACACCAGUGGGGGACGAUCUAGGGUCCACGCCUGUACAGACGAUGAUGCAAGAUGUAAGACUUUCAUCAGAGCAGCUUCAAACCGAGGCGGAGGAAGCAGGUCAGUCAACUACACCUCAGCACCUUGUUGGAGAAAAGAAGGAGACGAUCUCACUGCCGGUUGACGCGAAGGACGGCGUGACAUCACCUUUGCUGGAUAAAGGUAAAGGCAACGCUGGGAUGGAGACGGUUAGCAUACCAAACACCACGCCCAUCGACAUUCCGUCUGUACCUGUUGAAGUGACGGCUACAGAAGACGCCAGCGACAAUAUUGCAAAGGACAUUUCAGUUUCAGCUAAAGACACGGACAAAGUAUCCACACAAGUCGCAGAAGUCAUCCCUGAGUCGCUCACAACCGAGGAUUCAGCUACCUCUGCAGAACUGACAUCGCCAAUCAUGGCAUCAACUCCAGCAAAAAGCGAUACCCAUAGCCAAUCCGUUGUGCAGACAAGCAAUAGCGAGCUUCCACCCAACAUUGCUGUGACCACACCAGGAACCCCACUACUAGCCAGUAAAGAGAAUGAUUCAAAUUCCAACGAAUCAAAUGAGUCUGCUAACAUGAAAGAGCGUGAGUCACCAUCAAAGGAGCUUAACGAAAAACUGGGCCUCAAUGAAGACGGCACAGUUCCUGUCAAGGAGCUGGAUGAAGAGGUAAUUCAGUUUACCGAACAGGGAGUACCAAAAUCACCGGUAGCCACCAAACGGUGCAGCAGGAAAAAGAAGAUGCGAUCAGGAGGUCGCAAAAGCAGCUCAGAGUCCAUUGAAACUCAGCAGUCCUCGUGUGACCGGCAGACACCUCCCGCACAUGAGGAGCCGAUCAGGCCUGCCGUGGAAACGCUCGACAAAGACACCCCAACAAAGGAGGGAAGCAGUUUCCCACAGCCUGUGGCGGUAGCGCCAACCGAGACGCAAAUCAUUCCAUGCGUACCCGAGCAAGAAACUGCUGACAUCGCAAACACCACGGAAGCCGAGUCAACAUACACAGAGGAAGCAAAAACAGAACCAUCUUCAACAACACAGGCACACGAUGAACCAGUGCAGGAUAAUUUACACAAACCGUUAGAGGAGAACGCCGUAGAUGCUUCCCCGAAAGACUCCGGCGUUCCAUCCCAGGCACAUCCCUCUUACAGCGAAACAACCACUCCGCCUACCAUACAACCCUCGUGUACAGAUCAAAUAACUACAGAAUUGACGGAGACUGUUUUCAGUCCCCAUGAGACUGGGCCAACUACAGCUGACAAAGACGUUUCGAGUAAAUCAGAUACUCCCACUAUUGUUGAAGAUCUACAACCCAAACUGGCUGAAAAAGGAAAUGUCGAAAAGCCAGAUACAUCCACAGAUACUAGCCAACCAGAUACGGCAGAAACCGAGUCGAAAAUAACAAUCGAAAUUGAGUCUCCAGACAACCUGACUGAAACACAGCGCGAGCUGGUCGAGACGCAGCAGCCAGCCCAAAGAAAAACGGAGGUUGACACGACCCUAAAUGAUGUCCCGAUUAAACUCACAGAAGAACCAAGCGUCGUAUAUUCACUAGGUGCACAAUUAGCAGGCGCACCCGUAUUCAGCGUCGCCCCCUCAUGGACACAAGAGCUGCAACAAAUGCAGACCGAAAUGCAAACCGCGUCAGACAGUCCUGUGCAAGCCGCGCCUGCCAGUCCUAUACAAGCCGCGCCUGCCAGUUCUGUACAAGCCGCGCCUGCCAGUCCUGAACAAGCCGCGCCUGCCAGUCCCGUACAAGCCGCGCCUGCCAGUCCUGUACAAGUCGCGCCUGCCAGUCCUGUACAAGUCGCGCCUGCCAGUCCUGUACAAGCUGCGCCUGCCAGUCCUGAACAUGCCGCGCCUGCAAGCCCUGUGAAGGAGAAGUCCAAGCUGGAAGACAUAGCAGAAGCUGUGGUUAAUGUUCCUGAGCCUGAGUCCAAACCAGCAACAGCAAAGACUGAUCCCAAAACCAAGCUUAUCACCAGCUCUCUUCCGAACGAAGCAAAGGCAGAAGACCAAAAGCCUGCUGGCAAAACACCUAGCAACUCCCGGCCCAUCCUGCCAGACCGGACACUUUUCCUGCCGGAGGACGAAGGGCGCACGUACGCCUCUCUGAUGCAGCAGGGCGCUGACAUGCUGCCAGCACGUCCUGUCUUUACCGCACACGCAUGCCACGUGUGUAAGAGACUGCACACCAAGCAGCACCGUCUGAAGUCGUGCGGCAGCUGCCGGCUGGUGGCGUACUGCUCAGCAGAGCACCAGCGAGCACACUGGCCGAUGCAUCGCGCCCUCUGCAAGGUCAUCACACGUCGAGUGCGAUAUCUGGGCACCGACCACAUCUAUCGAGAGGCGCUCAACGUCCCCAGCCCGGAACAGUGGAAGAAGAUCCGCUUCAAGCACAUGGCCGUGUGUGAAGAGAUGCUUGGUCGUCCGAUGGAGGCGUACGAGAAGGAGAUGUUCCUGUACCCGCGAGCCUGCGAUACGUGCCACGAGACCAACCCGGAGAAGCUACACACGUGCGCCAACUGCCACUCGGUCAGCUUCUGUUCCGAGGACCACCUGCGCAAGAACCACUCCAAGUACUGCAAGGACCUGCGCACGCUGCUGGACAUCCACAGCUACCAGAACUCGCACGGCGUGUGCGAGCCGCCGCUGCCGGACACGGUGCUCUCAGAGUACGAGAUGCUGCCGCCGCAUAUCAGGGAGCUGCUGGUGGUCAGUCUGCUGGGACCGCAGCGCGCCAUGGCGCUCGGACCCGUGCCGCUGACCGUGCUCACCGACUACGCCUCGUACCCGCUGACGCUGCUGUUCGCGCUACAGAACAUCCCCGUCGCCGAGGAGGUGCACAUCAGCCAGCGGACCGAGCUGACCGUGCACGUGGUGGGCGCCGAGCACGCCACCGACUGCCACCCGCUGGGGCGCUGGGGUAGCUUCCUGCUGCACCUGCUGCCGCGCCUGCGCCGUCUGCACGUGGUCUUCAUCGGCCUCGAGCUGGAGGCAGCUGGUGGCCGGCCGGGCGUCACGCAGCACGACUUCACAUCUGCCGCGUGCCGCGCCGCCGGCCGGCGACUGACGUGCGAGCUGCAGCCGAGCACCGCCUACCACACGUACUGCCGCAGCCCGCAGUUCCGGCCGCCGGACGUCAUCGCCGCCUUCAACGCCGGCCUGCACCGGUUCGCCGGCCACGAGCGGCGCGACACGUGGCGCGAGACGAUCCCGUACCUGGUGCGGGAUGGCGUCCCGCUCGUGCUCAGCGGCUACACGCUGCUCGAGUGUCCGCAGGACGUGGCGCGCAUCGAGCAGGAGCAGAAGGUGGACGUUCUGCUGCCCCCCAGGAAGAAUCCCUACCGCAGCACCCGGCCGCAGCAGAACUUCCUGAACGAGCACGAGGCGCCCGUGGUGUUCAAGAACCAGUACGUGGCGUGCCUGACGGCCGCCGCCAAGCCCCGGAAGUAGAGGGGCGUGGGUGCUGGAGACGACGCCAGGAGCCCGACGAUUCAGAUAAACAGAGGGUGUUGUGAGUGGUACCCGUUAUCGCGCCGCUCAUCGGCCGACGCCGAGCGCCGAGCGGGUGGUGGAAAUAGACAUCCGGUGGUGCGCGAAAGUGCGGUGGAAAUAGACGCUCGGUGGUGCGCGGAGUGCGGUGAGGAGAUGAAGGCGAUGUGCAUGGAGAUGAGCGAGUGUCACGGUGAGCAAACGGACAGGGUACAGCGCGGAUGAGGCUGGUGUCAGGAACAGACGGCCAGUCUGAGGAGACAGAGCACCUGGCUUCCUAACAUAGACGAACGAUGCUGAUUAUUAAGUGAUACGAAAGGAACAGAUGGGAGAGAACGAACGCUGUGUAAUGUCUUCCCUGUUCUGCCAACCCGCCACGGACAAUGCCGUCCGAGCUUAUUGCUGGGAGCACACUAGUCGAGUGAUUUUUGCCGAACAUAUCGAACUCUCAAGUGAGAUCAGCGCUGAAUUGUGGAUGGCAAAUUGGCGUGGAGGCAUUGAUGAAACGCGUCGUAAAGUGCCUUGAUCGACUACGGCAGCCACGGCUGCGUGUUCUGUAACAUUUCGAGCACAAAGAUGUCUGCUGUGAACAUGCGCUACAGGGUCCGCCCGGGCGCGCAAUACAUCCGGGGUUAUCUAUGCUGUGAAGGGUCACCCUGUGGGCCUGCCUAACCAAAUACACUACCCGAUUGAUA